AUGGAGGGAGCAGCCAUAGCUCUGUUUGCCUUACUCUAUUUUCAUAAAUGUUACGCUGCUGAACUCGACAAGAUUUCAGAUUCAAGGUUUCUGACAUAUGGAGAUACAUUGGUCUCUCCAACUGGAAUUUUUGAACUGGGAUUUUUUCAACCCGGUAACACUAAGAACACAUAUCUUGGUAUUUGGUACAAGAAAAUCUCUGUUAGAACGGUGGUUUGGGUUGCAAACAGAAACCACCCGCUUCCUGGUGCAUCACUGCUUGGGUUAAAGAUCGCUGAUCAGGGAAAUCUCGGCCUCUUCAACAAUAUCAGCAUGAUUUGGUCAUCUAACACAACGACAUCAGGGAACGCAACUGCAAAGCUUCGGGACAAUGGAAAUCUAGUUGUGGUUGAUCAACAGGAGAGGGUUUUCUGGCAGAGUUUUGAUUACCCGACCGAUACUCUUCUACCUGGAAUGAAGUUAGGGAGAGAUCAUGUAAGGGGAAAGGAAUGGUAUCUAUCAUCAUGGAAGAGUAGUCAAGAUCCAGCUCCAGGUGAAUUGACGUGGGCCAUCAACACUGUCGGUUAUCCUGAAUUCAAACUAAAACAAGGGGACUUGGUCAUACACCGAGGUCGACCAUGGAGAAAUCAACCAAGUAUUGGGAUUUAUCAAUUUCCCAACAUAACCCUUAUACACCAUGUAACUAUUAAUGAACACGAGGUGUCUGAUUUCUAUGAUAUUGAAGGCACUACUACCAUAUCAAGGGUCACCUUGAAUUCUUCAGUGCAUCAGCAAGUCUGGGCAUGGGUAGAAGAUGCUAGAGGAUGGGUGCUUGUGGACUCACACCCUGGAGAUACCUUGAAAAGAACCAACAGUCUUGUACUUGCUUGGAUAAGAAAAGGUUGCUACCUAAAAAUCAAACGGGUUGGGACAUAG